UGAUCAGCUGUGUCCAAUCACAGCUGAUCACUUGGCACUGAUGAUCAGUGUGCCCUGAUGAUCAGUGUGGCCCCAGAAGUGCCACCUUUCAGUGCCCAUCAGUGCCACGUGCCAGUGCCCAUUAGUGCCACAUCAAUGCCACAUAUCAGUGCAAACCAGUGCACAUCAAUGCCACAUAUCAGUGCCCAUCUGAGCUGCCUUUCAAUGUCACCCAUCAGUGCCAGUCAGUGCCACCUAUCAAUGCCAAUCAGUGCCACCUAUCAGUGUUGCCAAUCAGUGCCACCUAUCUGUGCCAGUCAGUGUCGCCUAUCAGUGCGCAUCAGU